AUGUUUAUAACAAAUUUGCCAAUAGAUGUUCAAACCAUAGUCAGAAUUAAAAAUCCAGAUACACUAGAAGAAGCUUUGAGUUAUGUUUUAGAAGAAGAAGAAUUUCAAAAUUUUGCCAAAUUACAUCAAACAACUAAUAGAAUAAGUCAACCAAAUUUUAAACCGACAAUGUCUCAAAAUAAUAAUCCACCACCACGUAGAAAUUUUAUUCCAAAUUUAAAUCAAAAUAUCACUCCACGAAACACAAACAAUUUUCCAACUACUUCACAGUUUCCAUCACAACCUAUUAAUAUCCAACCUAAACAAGUAAAUCAAAAAUUCCCCACUAACAAACAAACUUUUGGACCACCAAAUCGCACACAAAACGUUUGGAAACCAAAUGCAAAUUUAAAUCAAAAUUUUGGAAAACCGACUCCAAUGUCUGGAAUAUCCCAUAACAGUCAAUUUAAACCACAACCUAUGUCUGGCAUUAGUUAUAUGCACAACACGGAAGCUACUGAACAUAUACCAUCAUAUCACAAUGAAGAAUAUCAUAACCAACUGGAAUACGAUCAAGAAAGAUACGAAGACAUCACAUACAACAACAUGUACCAAGAAGAUCAACAACAAGAAGAAAUAUACGAGGAAGAUCAAAACAAUGAAAAUUUUCCCAGCGUCGAGCCGACACAAUCCCCGACGUAA